GCCAUUUUACGUCUCAUAUGGCAUCCCGAAGGAGAUGCCUGAGGUGGUGUUAGCGUUGCUUUGACGCUUGACGCCUGUCACUGACGGUAGCUUGGCGUUUCGUGUCUUUAUUAUUGUAAAGUUUGAUUGCCGGCGUAAGAGUUUAAGUCAAUUUAUCUAUAAUUCGUGAUAUCCGGUAGUUUCGCUAUCACACGAAAAGUACGCGUAGACACAUGGAUCUCAGGCUCCUCAUCAGAUUAGUGCGGAAAAAUCCGGCUCUUUGGGAUAAUCAUUCGGAGUCGUACAAGAAACUGCCCCUGAAGCAUCGUAUCUGGAAAAAGAUCGCUAGCAAACUGAAAUGUGACGUUGACGCUGUUAAACGGAGGUGGAAAAUACUCAGGGAUCGUUACGCUCGUGAACAUCGCAAGUUGGCACAAAUCCCGGAGAAUUCUUCUUACGAACCUUGGGAGCUCUACGAGGAGAUGCUGUUUCUGAAGGAUACGCUUAAGCCUAGAAUAAUAUACGAAACAUUAGAUAAUUCCAUGCAAAAGGACGCCAUAUUCAUAAAGGAAGAAGCAAAAUCAACUGAAGACGGCGAAGGGUCAAAUGAAUCCGAAGAUAUAAGUGACCUGGACGAAGUGCAAGAGCCACCUACCCCUCCAUCACGUGCAAAAAGCAGAUUCAGUAAACCAAGAUCCCGUAAAGACGAUCCUUCCUGCUCAUAUUCACAAGAACUCCAAAAAACCCUAACGACUUUCCUAGAAGUUCUGAAAUCAGUCCUUGCAUCACGAGAGCACGACAAAACACCUGACGAGACGGAACUCUUCAGUCAGUUGGUAGCGCAGCGUCUAAGGAUAGUGCCGGAAAGUCAAAGGCGACAGAUUGAAGUGGAAAUUUUAAAAUAUAUCAACACCGAAAUCGAUAACAUGAUAGACAUAAAUAAACUCGGUAAUAUUGUUAAUGUUUAGAUAGAGGAGAACCGUUAGGAAGCAUAACUUACGGGUAUACAUUUGUACAUAGAGUGUAAUAUAUUUGAAAUGGUAUUGCUGUAUUCUAAGCCGCGCCCUCAUUUGCCGGGACUAUUGUGACCAGAACUUGAAGAAAAUUGACUUCUGGCGAUUGAUUUUAACAUUGGAUUGAGGCGAGCCAUUGUCUACCUAAAGUUUUAUGAAAACAACACUCAAAGCUUUCAAGAGUGGUUUUAUGUGAAUUUGUACAUUUUUCAAAUGAAUUGUUUGAUAAUUCUAAGGUAACACAAUGUAUUUCUGCAUCUUAUUUCAAAUUUGGACCCACUACUCGGUAUGAUUAAGCUUAUAGUUGUAAUUAGUACUUAACGAAUAAACGUUAAAACAUUGUUUUUUAUUAA